GUAUCCACGCAGGAUUCUUGACGCUAUGUAGACAUUUUAAUGCGGGGAGAAUUAUGUACGUUUACACGGUGUCAAGUCAGUCAUCUGUAAGUGAUUGUCACUAUGCGAGUGCCGCUCUAAGCUCCACAUAGAUAGCAGAUAGUUACGGGGUACAUGGCACAGUGCCAGCCCCACCUUGAGUGGCUUGUCUUGCUACAGACAUCCUGCAGGAUCUUCUUGAACGGCGUAACUGCCGUAACCCCGACCUUUUAUUAUAUCAUCAUGCUUAUGGUAUAUAUUAUGACAUCCCCAUCUCCAUCUUCGUGCCUGCCAAGACCAUCUCUGUCGGAUGUCAGGUGCCUUUUGAGCUCUCGUGGAUCAACGAAGGGUCUUCUGACCUGCGACGACGUAAGAGAGGCCCGGCGACAUGACAUGUCUAGGCACAUGCACCUCCACAUUCUCAAGGCCAUGACACUUGAACGUGGGCUAGAGGUAAGUUUCACCAACCCCAGUUACGACCCUCCAGAUAUGGGCCCUAUAUGGCUCCUUUCGCCCGGUGCAAAUACCAGCAAAGCACUUCGCUGCUUUAGACGAGUUAGUCCCAAUGCCCGGUCAUCUAGACGGUCCAUCGUAUUUUGCAUUUGAUCACCCAUCAUGCCUCCUUACCGAUGACUCCACAGCCUUGUAUCCGAUCUCGAAGGCAUUCCUCAUUUGUAACUUUAUGUCACUUGAGACAUCGGAUAUUGUUGAGCUGGUCUGGUACCUUCGAUUGCUACCAUAAUACUCGUCAUGCAUUCUGAUAGAUUAGUCUGCCCCUGUAAAGUUGCUAUCCAUGUCUAUAUUUGUUCGCACAGGCUUCCCUGCUGUAUUCCAAUGGUCGAACCACUAAGCAGUGGUUCUCAACGGAGAUGGAAGGUUCUCGACCCUUGUAAGCCUCGAUAGUAAGUCGCAAACCCAUCGA